GCCUGUCAAUCACUGCGCCAUGCCCGCUGGGGAGGGGUGGAUUUCACACACUCGAAAUUUUUUAUUGAGCCCAACCGUGGGAACGGGCCGGCAUUUCGAGUUCAGACUCAGCAGAGUGAGGACGUGUCUGCGAAUCGUUCCGCGCCAAGUACCCAACUCACUACCACACCCGUCCACCAUGAAGCGGUCCUUUUCCGAUAGCAUCGAGAGCGAAGACGACAGCGUUUUCGAAGAGACGAAGGGGUCCCCCAGCCAAAGUUGCCAGAUGAGUUCAAGAAAGAAGCGACGAGGGAUUAUUGAGAAGAGACGCCGCGAUCGGAUCAACAAUUGUCUUGCCGAGCUUCGACGACUCGUCCCCACCGCUUUCGAAAAACAGGGGUCAGCCAAGUUGGAGAAAGCGGAAAUCCUGCAGAUGACUGUGGACUACCUGAAAAUGCUGGCCGCGAAAGGUUACCAUGCCUACGACGAUCACUUCAUUGACUACCGCGGGAUCGGGUUCAGGGAGUGCGCCAACGAGGUGGCCAGAUACAUGGUGACAAUAGAGGGCCUCGACAUCCAAGACCCCCUACGUAUCCGCCUGAUGAACCACCUCCAGUGCAUCGCGGCGCAGCGGGAGGCCCAAGUCGUGGCGGCGGCGGGGAUGCGACAUACGUCCCCGUGGAACGUCAACGGAGUCACCGCGCCCCACCCGCAGUUCGCGUCGGUCCAAGCCGCGCCGGAUGCCCAGGGCCUUCUCCACGCCACCUCUCUACACGAGCCACCGCGCCAACCCGCAGCCAUCGCCUGCUCCACCCCCAACACCUAUCUCAAGACCUCCGCGCAUCUACCUGUGGCAGCCUCCGUCCCGGCUUCCUCAACAGCGCAAAUCUCGCCGACUCUCAUCUCCUCUACGCAGUUUCCCGUCACCUUCAACACGCUCCAUCUGUCCCCCACUGGCUAUGGUACCACCAGUACAACGCAAUCACAGAUCAUCACCAAACCGUACAGGCCUUGGGGGUCGGAAGUUAACGCCUACUGAACAUAAACUCUGUUGUUGGACUUGUCCAUAGACUGCUGUAAAUAUUGAAAAUAUCACUAACAGACCAAAAUGUGAAAGAAGAGUUGAUGAUAGUAGCGUCUACUUGUUUUUCGUCCGGUCAUACCAAGUCCAAGACCGUGUGACAAGCAGGUCUUGUGUGUCCAGACGUUUUAGUCAUUGCCUUGCUUGCAUUACUUUGCAAGGUCAAGCGUUAGGUAGUAAAUCAUUUGAUAUGACGGUUAUAGCCACGUUAAUUUAAUUGCCAUAGGAACCAAUCAUGAAUUCAAUUUCUGUGUAUCAAUCAGUGUAGUAGCCAAUCAUGUGCGAGCUUCUGCAAUCAAACUUUUGACAAUUUUGUAACCACAUUUACCAUUGGACAAAUCGUUUGUUUCUUCGUCUGAGUGUAACGUUUUGUGUUUUGUGGUUCUUUUGUAUUUUUCUACAUCAGAAGUAAAGAAAUUUUAUUUUGCCCUGUUGUAAAAUUGUAUAUGACUGAGAACAGGAAUCCGUGUGAAUAUAAUGUCACAAACUUUGAACCAUG